GGACACCGGCUCACUCCAUUCUUAAUACCAUUUGUAGUGUGGAGAGAAGCAGGCGCCAGGGAGAGAAAAAAGUGUGAGAGAAACACAGAGGGUUUUUUGGACUUAACACUAGUCAGAACUCACUGUACCUGAGGUGUAAGAUUUUCAUCUGCUGUGCUGGUGAUUUUUUGGAUCCUGAAACACUCCUCUUCCACCGUUCCACUUUUCUGUAUCUUUAAUAGUUUGCACACACCAGUGGGAAACACCGAAGGGUAGAGCUGGCUACGGUUUUUGAAAAAGUCUUUUCGUCUGUUUCACGGGCGCUAUUGGUCCUAUUUUUAUCUCAAGUUGGUGUCUUAACGUGAUUUUUAUAUCAUCGGAAAUCAUGAGUACCUUGGUAAUGAACACAACAGGAGAUGGCAAUGUCGCGAGCAUGGACUUCAUCCACAAUCGGAUUGAGUCGCUCAGCAGCAAGAUGGACAGGCUCAUCAACAUUCAAGAAAAGGUUCUCAGCCGACUGGAUGGAAUGUCUCAGGACAUUGACGACAUUGAGCACGAUAUGGAGAAUCUGAAGGUGGACAAGGAGGAGAUCCAUUUUCCACCCAAGAUGAUGAACCAGACCCAGGUCAUGGGGCGAGAGGUGAGGGCGAUAUGCAAGGAGAUGAGCACCAUAAUGUCGGCGGUGAACCAGCGGUCCGAGCAGCAGGCUGAGAAGCUCGAUGGGAUGGAAAAACUGGUCCUCGGCAUGCAGCAGGUGAUCAGCUUCAUUGGGGAGACGGUGAAGAGUUCCAAGGUUAUGGAGCUGAUCCUCAAAGGCCCUGCGGCUCGGAAGGGCCUCAAACAAAAAGACAAUAAAGGCAAGCAAGCCAUUAAGAGGAAAUCCUCUACGGACACAGAAAACAAGAAGCUUGACAAGGGAAUUUCCGAGGCCGUCAGGGCACUUGUCAGGUGGUUGCUCCAUCUUCCUCCAUCUCCAGAGAAAUCUACCUCUAAUAAAGCCAUUAAAGGGAACCAAGAGAUAACUCCUGCAUGUGAGCCCAGUUCUCCAAAGCCUUCUCACAGGAUAAAGCUCCAUGGACCAAAGCAUUUCCUCGCCUGUCCCAAAUGUGGAAAAUUUCUGAAAGACCACAAAGGGGAUGGGACGGAUAAGCCCUCUUUGAGCCCUAAGGGUUUGAAAGCUCAAAAGAAGAUGAAGCCUCCAGACACAGCAGAAAAUAUUUCCUUGAAGAAGCAGGCGUUGCUUCUCAAUGAGGUGCAGAAGCUCAACAGGGAGAAUGCUGAGAAGUCGGGUCACCAGCUCGCCCCUGGAUGUCUGGAUCUGGAGGCUGGAGUGGCCCCUAAGGAUCAACAACCGGAUACCUCUGCUUGCAACUUGGUGAACUACCUGCGUGAAGAUACCGAAGCGGCUGCGGAUGAGAAACAGGAGGGUGUUGUGGCCAUUAGUGAGGAGGAGGAGGGAAAGGAGAAGGUGCAGGAGGCAGCAGUCACAGAGAAGAAACCCAAGCUUGAUGUACAGAAGAAGAAAGAGGAAGAAAAGCUUCCAGAGGAAAAGAAGGAAGAGGUGGCUGCUCCUGAUGAGGAAGUAGCCAAAGCCCCAGAGCUGCCUGCUGCCCCUAAGGAGAAAGAAGAGAAGACUGCGACCAGCAGUGAUGACCACAAAGAUGCCACCCCAGAGCCUGAGCAGGACCAGAUAUUAAAGGUCACCAGCAUGAGCACCAAGAACGGUUUGACCGAGGAACAUUUAGUGGUGGAGGACCACACUAAGAGCCAGGUGGUGGUGGAGGAGGUGGAGGAGGGGAAGAAGGAGGAAAACGAGGGGGACGAACAGAAGCUUGAGUCUGACGGCUGGGCCGUCUUCAAGGCAGACGGAGUUGAAUUCCAGAUAGACCUCAAAGAAAGGUUGGAGAGAGUGCUGAAGGAAAAUGCUGCCAAAAAGGAUGCAGAAGAGGAGGAUGAUGAAGAUGCAGAGCAGUACUUUAUUGAUACCAGUCUUCCUCCGGUGGCUCCCUUUAAUCACCGCAUUGUUUCUGCCAAGCCCAACCAGAUCAUCAACUUCUACACCAUCAACUGGCAGGAGGUCCUGGGCGGGGGUCGUUUUGGCCAGGUGCACAAAUGUGUUGAGAACUCCUCUGGUAUCACUUUGGCAGCGAAGGUCAUCAAAGCCCGGUCUCAGAAAGAAAAGGAGGUGGUGAAGAAUGAGAUCCAGGUCAUGAAUAAUCUGGACCAUGCCAGCCUGAUCCAACUCUAUGCAGCUUAUGAGUCAAGGAAUGACAUCAUCCUUGUACUCGAAUAUGUUGGCGGAGGGGAGCUGUUUGACAGAAUCAUUGAUGAAAACUACAAGUUAAUGGAGCUGGACGCUGUUGUCUUCAUCAGGCAGAUCUGUGAGGGGCUGCAGCACAUGCACAAAAUGUACAUCCUGCACUUGGAUUUAAAGCCCGAAAACAUCCUGUGUGUGAACAGAGCCACAAAUAAGAUCAAAAUCAUCGACUUCGGUCUCGCCAGGGUAUAUAAACCACGUGAGAAACUGCGAGUGAAUUUCGGCACUCCGGAGUUCCUCGCACCUGAAGUUGUCAACUACGAAUUUGUGUCUUUCAACACAGACAUGUGGAGCCUUGGCGUCAUCACCUACAUGCUUCUGAGCAGUCUCUGUCCCUUCCUCGGGGACGAUGACAACGAGACUCUGAACAACAUCUUGUCCUGUAAGUGGAGCUUUGAGGAGCAAGAGUUCAUAGAUACGUCUGAAGAAGCCAAAGACUUCAUCACCAGACUCCUCGUCAUGAAUAAAAGUUGGAGGAUGGGGGCGGCUGAGGCCUUGAGACAUCCUUGGCUGUCUGACCCGACCCUUCAUCAUCGCCUAUAUACAAAGAAAACUAUGUGCAGAUCCCGGCGAUCAUCAUGUGUGCCCACGACUGACAGUUGAGGGCUACAAUGAUGUGACGGCUUCAGCUGUGGCCACUCGGACCAAUUUUCAGUCCAUGCACGGUGCCGCAUGAGCUGAAAUUCUGGCAAACCUUUUCCUGACAUGUGAUCCACUGACAAUAUUCAGGCAAACACACUUUUGUUUAAUUGGAAUUAUUCAUGAGAAUGUAUUUUCCUUAAAAAUUGUAAUGCAAGAGAACACAGGGUAAAAAAGCAAUACCAGGAAUAUCGUUUUGGUUAUUUGUGCAGGGUGUUAGUUAUUUUUCAUCCCCUCGUAUAUGGCUUUUCAAAACGGUGCUAAUGUCAUAAUUGGACUUACCCUCAUGACACAUGUAUUAUUAUAGAACUUGUUUAUGUGUGGCACCUUUGCCUUGAAAUGCGCACAUUUUCCUUUCUUUCUUCACUUCGAAAAAUACCCACUCCUUGAGCCACUCUCAUGUAUCUCUAACCAAAUACACUGUGCUGUUAUUGUCCACUGCUUUUGUGUGAAGGCUACAGCAUGAUUCGUGUUAUGUGAUUGGUGCGUUUCUUCCCGUCUCAGUUACAAAUGUUACCCAAUAUUUUUUUUCCGGGUUGUAAAUAAAUGCUGAACUGUAGAUUUAACAUUCAGACUCUCAUAUAUAUCUUAGGGGAUAGACUUCAUUACAAUGUUGGAUGUGUGUUGUACAUAUGGACAGAAUGGAAUUUGUGUGGCCGGUGUCAUGAGCCGUAGUAUGUGCACUUUAUAAUGUUAUUUAUUUAAACAUAGAUUACACAUGAAGCUACCAUAGUUCCAGUGAAAAGGCCUGUGUGGUCAGAUCUACCCAUAUUCCCUUCCUACUUGUGUUUCAUCCUGCUUUCUCUGUGUGUUUAGAUAGAAAGCACAUUUUUACUGUAUAACAAACCAACACCGUUUAUGUCUUAUCAGCUGUUUUAAUCCUUCGUUGCAUGUCUUUGUGUGUGUAUGUGUUUUGUCAGCCAGUUUAAGUAGCCACACAUAGAAAUCACUUUUUUUAAACUGUUUUUUUUUUCACUCUAGCUGCAUAUUUGUGUUACUGUAGAUGCUUUUUCCACAAAACAAAGUUAUGAUAGAAAUGCCUUCUGUGAAGGAACACUAACUGAAAGUAAAACAUUACCUACCUAAUGCUGCCUAUAAGUUGAUCAAGGGUUAGAACUACAUUUAUGUGGUUUUAAUUGAACUUCAUUAUGAAUGUUUCAUUUUUCUUGUUGAACACAGAGUGCUAGUAAAAGACGUUAUCCUCACCGUGUGUUAAUGAUUUCACAUUCAGCAUGUAUUUGUGAAGUGAGUACACAUCCAUUAAACUGAAAUUGUGUCUUAAA